AUGGCGGAACCUCGGUUCAAGUCUCCCCCUCCCUCUCACAUUCCCGUAAUAUCUCCCAGGCGCUCAGAGACGAUGACCUCGCUGCCCAGCUCUCUUAACGUGCCCAAUCUGGGCCUGGUGCCCCCAAACAGACGUCCAUCCGGCAGCGCCGGCUCCCCAUCCGUAACCUUUCAAUCAACACCGCCUAUCACAUCAACCAACACAGGAUUCCACUCUCUUCGGAACUUGCGCAAUUUUCUGCCGUUUGGAAACACAAAGAUACAGACGCCGUCUGGGAACGCAACUGGAUAUGGUGUCACCACGGCGAACUCGGGAUCUGCGAACAAGAAACUGGGAGCUGUGAGGAGGAGCAUGGUAGUGGACAGGAAGCCAUCGUGGACGUCGACAUCAGGGGAUGGAUCACAGUCAGGGGAACAGGAUGAGGUGAUAGUGAUUGACCAUGGGAGAGACGGUAGGAGUGCGUCUGAGAGUUCCCAAAUCAGUGCGGACACUCGACGGUCACUUUCGCCGCCGGCGCCACCUCCAAAGGAUCUCGGCCCUCCUAUCAUCACAUAUACUCCAGACCCACCUCUCAGCACUGAACUCUCCACGAUUAUCGAAGCCGACCUCUCAGGCCUUUCUAAGCACUUUGCCUCCGACAGCUCUCAAGGCGAAGACACUUCCAGAGGGGAGGAAACAGAUGGAGAAGACGACGAGGCCGCAGACCAGGACGCAGACCCGACAGAAACCAGACCAAUCAUCCAGCCUCAACCUAAGCCCGCGACACCAUCCACGCAGGCUAUCCCCAGACUUCCCUCCUUCGGAGAUUUCUACCGUAAUGUAGACGCAGCGCACAGUGGUACACCUGUGCAAAGAACGUCAUCGUCGCGGCAUCCUGCGGAAUCUUCGACUUCCAACCUGGACGACAGCGAGCAUGACCAGUCAGGCUUUGAUCUUUCGACGUCGCAGCUACCUGAUGAGGUAUUCCACGCCCUCAAGCAGAAGCAGUCGAGGUCCGGAGAUGGUUGGCUGGCCGAUGGGGUUGUAAUCGAUGCCACCGGAAGUACGCCACCAGAGGCUGUACGACAGAAUGAAGCUCAGGACGCCGACGAAGACGUCAGUUUCCGUCUAGACGCGCUAGACCCUGAGUUGGCCGUCUUACUGAGCCCAAACCGCAUCGGUCGUUCACCAUUGCAUUCCCCUGCACCGCCUGAUCCCGCCACUCGGACUGUCUCAACGUCGACACCCCCUCCCCGCCAGUAUUCUCCUCACAGAGCCGUUUUUUCGCCCCGGUCGCUCAACUCUCCGACACGCCCAGGGCCGUCCUCCCUCCCUCCCUCAUCGACUCACCGAUCACCUUCUCGCGCUGCAUUUCCCCAAUCCUCGCCAACCGGCUCCAUACAUGCGCCAGCCCCGCUUGCACGCACCUCCACGACUUUCAGUCGUCCCUUACUCAAUCACGCCGCUCGUUCAUCCUCCUCCGUAGUUACACCGCGGUUCGCUACUGGCCGUAUCAGUCCCCUUCGCGGUGUCACCAAUGCGCCCCCAUCUUCAAACUAUUCGUCCCCGGAUGUGACCAAUACUACGGGUUUUACGAGGUCAUCCAGCGAAGGGUAUACGGCCCCGCUACCAAACCCCGGUUCUUCCCCUCGCCGUCAACUGUCCGAAGCUCAAACGCAACUAUACCAACAGCAGCAGCAACAACAACACCCUCACCAGCUUGGCUCCCCUCUAUCAUCUGUCGACACACUCCCUCCAGUCCGUCGCCACAAUACCGGCGGGGAAUCCUCCUACACCAGCCCGUAUUCGCACUCUAAUCCCUCGCAGUCUCAGUCACAACUCUCCACGGCGAAUACCUCUCGAUACAACUCCUACAACGCGAGCAGCUCCACAUUUGCCUCCUCGACCUCGAAACCUCCACUCCCACGGCUUACUACACCGUCACGAUCCACUCUCAAUGGUCGAUAUCAGCCUGCGUCUGUAUCUGGAGCAGGGUCAAGACCAGCGAGCGGCUCGCCGGAGGGGAAGGGUGCGAAGAACGGGAGCGAAGUUUGGGAGAGGAAUACGGACGUCAACUCUGUCAGUCCAUCUUCGAGGUCAUCGACCACAGGCGUUCCGCCCACCGCCACAGCCCGCCGUCUCAAUCGUCUCAGAAGAACCGACGACGAACAUCGAAGACCGUCCCUCCAAUUGGAUAGGGACGGGCACGCGCAGAUGCACACUCAAAUUCAGGGACGAUUGGGACCAUCGAUAUCUGAAUUUGGAGUCGUCGGUAGUGGUGGGAUGAGAAGGGACACGAGCGUUUCGAGGUUGGGAUAUUUCGGGACUGCGGCCACGAGAAAUAGGAAGAGGAGUUUGAGCAUGAGCGAGUCGAGAGGGUUUGGGCUGGGUCAGUCUGGGACGGGACAGGGUUUGUUAUCUCCACGAGGACCAGGCCUGAAAACGGAUUGGAUGGGCCCACGUACUGUCAAGGCGCUCACGGCUGCGGGGUUGUUGGACCGCGACCGCGAGCGAGAGCGGGAUCGAGAAGUGACGAGCCCUGCGUCGACAUCUGCGAAUACUGGCGUUGGCAGUGCCGGUACGAGCAGCCGACCUGGUUCAAGGUUUGGGUUCGGGAGCGUGCAGAGCUAUGGAGGCGCUGAGGCGAGGGAGUACGGUGCACCUUCGAGAAUGGCAUUCUCUGAGGCUGGCUCGGGAUCGACGAGAAGCGGGAGUGUCUCGAGGGCGAUGACAACUGUUUCGGACGAUGCGAGGGGGAGCGUCCAUGCGAGGACUAGAAGCGGCAGCCUCAGUACUGGCGUUGGUGUUGGUGGAGGAAUGGGACCAGUGGAGACACCACGGACGACUUACUCUACGUCCACGGCUCCUACCUCCGUCGUCGCGUCUAACGGACUUGGCGGUAGCAGCACCAGCGGCGGACCUUCACCCAAACGUUCUCAGAACCAAGCGCAUCAGACUCCCUCAUCGGCGCUCAUACAGUCUCUGCAUGAGAAACAUUCGAUGGAGACCUCGGCGCUACUUUCGGCGCUUGCGGAUUCGCAGAGAGGGGCGCAAGGGUUGAGGGAUGAGAAUGCGAGAUUGGAUGAGAGGGUGAGGGAGCUGGAGGCUGCGUUGGAAGAUGCGCAUGCUCUUGCGAGGAGGUAUCAGGGUGUGGCGGAGAGACAGGGUGGGGGCGCUGCGAUGAGGGAGAGAAGGUUGGAUAUGGGGUAUGCAAAUAGUGAAUGGGAGUGGGAGCGAGAGAGAGAGCUUGAGAUGGAGAGGGACAUGAGGAUAGGUUCUGGUGUAGGAAUUAGGGGGGAUGGGAGGAUGGAAACGAGGUAUACUGAGAGGGAUUCCAUGCCAUCCGCAAGGUCACAGCCUAGAACUGUCCUCAAUCGCGUUGGUGGUGGCUCUUCUUCAAGACCUGCUUCAUCGGAUGGCCCUGUGCGCCCGGGCUCUUCCUCCUACCGCUACCAAACUCCAGCUCGGGAACGACUAUACGGUCAUGCUGCUCCGCCGAAGUCGAUGUCUCUAUCGGUCGCUGCACCUCAGUCGAGAGAGCCUUCACGCUCACCCUUACUCCAGCUCAACGCCAUUGAUAUGGACCCCGACGAGAUCGAUGAUGUGGGAUACCAAAUCGACGACGACGACACGCAGCAAAGAGCUCCUAUCCGCGGUCAUGGCCAUGGGCCUGUACUUAGUUUCAUGGACGACAAUAUCGACAGUCUGCAACCAGGUCACGCCCGGAACGGAGAUAACAGUCUUAGUGGAAGCAGCGAGGAUACCUCUUACCGGACGCAUCGACAACGCCCAAGCGCGACGUCGAGCGUAUUCGCGAUGCCACCACCGGAAAUGACGCUUCUGAUGCAGGAAAACUCUCUGCCCGGUGGACAGCCUACGUUCAACAGUAUUGGGGAUGUGACCACUGGGUUCUCUUUGGGCGACCUGCAUGCGAUGUCUCGUCCAAGAUCUGGGACUGCUUCGACGUCUGGCUCUGGGCGACCGCAAGCCUCUCAUAGACCUCAUGCGAGCGACGGGUCGUCUGCGACCAGUGUGAGGAGUGUGGGGCGUACGGCCGCGGCGGCGGAUGUUCAGAGGGAAGCGAGGAACGUGAGCCCGACGACGAUGGCGAGUUUUAGUAUGGCGGGGAGUGCGAGUCCGGGGAGUUUGAGUUUGAGGACGGAGCAUGAGUUGCAUCUUGCCGAUAUCGAUGCGAUGAGUCUGGCAGAUAUGUACGGGCCCAUCGCGGGGAGUGAGGAUGGUGAUGAGGAUGAUAGGUGAUAUGGCGGGAUGGGUUUUCUGGUUUUGGUGCUUCUUCCCCUUUUUUUAUCGACUUUCUUGCUUCUGUCGUUCGAUCUUGUCUUUGUGUGGAUCUAUUUAUCCCAUAUUCGUGUCUGUCUGUCCGUCUCUUGUUUGUGCUUUCGGUCUCGUUUUGUCCAAUCUGUCUCCAGUCCAUAUACUCAGUUCGCUCCCUUGUCUUUCCUUUUCCCUCAUUCCUCAUUUCUCAUUCCUCUCAUCGCACUAUCACCCGUAACAUACACCAAUGCAUUUCUCCAACCGAUUCUUUUCAGGUGGACUUAAAUUGCGUACGGCGUGGAUCACAAUUCUUCGUCUUGAAUCCGUGUUUCGUCGUUGACAUAUACAC